AUGCAAGAUAUGCUUAGUGGCAGCUCUGCUGAAGAUCUCUUUGGUUCAGCAUCACAACCAAUAAGCAGCCAAGAAAAUACAGCCCCUCUUGAUUUAAUUGUUGACCUUCCAGUUCAGAAUUCAUCUAAUAGCGCAACCCCAAAGAAUUCUGCUGAUUUAUUUGCUGCACCACCACAAACACAAGCAAACGAUAACGAAUUCGGUGGCGAAAAUGACGCCGUUGAAGAUAUUUACGCAUCCGGCCCAGCUGCUGAGCCAGAAAAGGUUUCUGCACUCGUUGAAUGGGAACAAAACAGGAACAAAAUUAUUGCAGACCAAGAUGACGAAGAAGAAAAACAGAUUAGCGCUAUGAGGCAAAAGGCUUCUGAAGACCUUUCAAACUUCCAUAAGAAGAUUGAAGAGGGUCAGGAAACCCGCGCUCAUCAUAAUGUCGAGGUAGAUGCUGAAACAAAGGCUGCCCUCGAGUCGCAUCCAGAAAAUCAGUGGGAGGGCGUUGUUAGUUAUAUUGACUUCAACCGUUCAGAUUUACAUGAAAAGGAUGUUUCGAGAAUGAAAGGACUUCUUCUUCAGUUGAAGCAUUAA